AACGGGCAGCUGGCGGAGCGGCGUGCGAACGAACACUUUGAGCGUCUGCAGGUGGCGCUGCAGGAGCGGCGGGCGGAGAUGCUGUGGGCGGUGCAGCAGUGCAGGAGCCGGCGGGUGGAGCGGCUGCGGGCGCAGGUGGAGGAGUACCAGGGCAUGCUGGAGAACAGCGGCCUUGUGGGAUACGCUCAGGAGGUGCUGAAGGAGACCGACCAGUCCUGCUUCGUGCAGACGGCCAAACUGCUGCACGUCAGGAUCCAGAAGGCCACAGACUCACUGAAGACCUUCCAGCCGGCCGCCAGCAGCUCGUUUGAGGAGUUCCUGCUGGACACGUCGAGGGAGGAGAUCCUGCUGAAGGAGCUGAGCUUUGGUGGAGUUCCCGAUGCCCCAGUGCUGGACCUGUCGCGCUGCCGUGUGUAUAAUGAGGCUCUCCUCCACUGGCGUCUGCCUGAAGACUCUCUGCCCACCGACCGACACCUGCUGGAGUUCCGGAAGCUGCAGCAGGAAGAGGAGGAGGAAGAGGAAGUGGAGCGGCGCUGGCGGACGAGCGGCGCUGUUUACGGCAGCAGCACAGUGGUGUGUGACCUGGACAGAGACGCUCGCUACACCUUCAGGGUGAAGAGCUGCAGAAACGGAGUGUGUAGUGCCUACAGCCCCGAGGUGACCCUGCACACACCCCCCGCGCCAGUGUUCAGCUUCCUCUUCAGCGAUGGCUGUGGCUUCAGUGCGGAGCGUCUGCAGCUGAGCCGGCGGCGGGCGUCAGUGGAGAGCGUGGCGGGCAUGAGUGUGCUGCUGGCAGCGGAGCGGGUGCAGACGGGCAGCUACACCUGCCUGGACUACAUCAUCGGGGACACGGGCAUCAGCCAGGGACGCCACUACUGGGCCUUCCGGGUGGACCCCGCCUCCUACCUGGUGAAGGUGGGCGUGGCCUCGGACUGUAAGCUGACGGAUUGGUUCCACGGCCCACGCGACAGCAGCAGCCCCAGGUUUGAUCAGGACAGCGGGCACGACAGCGGCAGUGAGGAUGUGUGUGUAGACGUGUGUCAGCCGUUCCUGCUGCUGACGGUGGGCAUGGGUCGCCUGUUCGUGCCCAAACCGCUGGCGCCGGAGAGCCGCGUGCUGCCGCUGCCAGCGCGCAUCGGUGUGUGUCUGGACUACGAGGCGGGACGCGUCUCAUUCUACGACGGAGACUCGCUGCGCUGCCUGUGUGUGCGCCCGGUAGAGUGCAGCGGGAACAUGUUUCCAGCAUUCGCCCUGAUGGGGGGCGGAGCCAUACACCUGGAGGAGCCAAUCACAGCCAAGCGGCUCGCAUACCUGUGAAGCGGAGUCAGACACUGUGUGUGUGUGUGUGUGUGUGUGUGUGUGUGUGUGUGUGUGUGUGUGUGUGUGU